AUGAACACUUCUCAAUUCACAGACAGGGCCAACGAGGCCAUCCAGCAGGCUGGAGAGCUUGCUGACCAGUUUGCACACCCCGAGAUCGCACCCAUACACCUGGCUGUUGCCCUCCUGAAUCCCAUCCUCGCCGAGACUGAAGAUGGAGGGAAAUCAGCGCCCAUCCCCCUCUUCAAACAGGUCGUCGAAAGAGCCCAUGGCGAUACACAGCAGCUCGAUCGCUCCCUGCAAAGGGCCCUGGUCCGCUUACCCAGUCAGGACCCCCCUCCCGCGCAAUUGGCCAUCUCUCCCGCCCUAGCCAAGGUCAUACGCUCCGCCAAAGAACUCGCCAAAACACAGAAGGAUAGCUAUGUUGCCAUCGACCACCUUAUUAUCGCUUUGGCCGGGGACUCUACCGUCAAGCGGGCCUUGGCUGAUUCGAACGUUCCCGACGUGAAGAUGAUCGACUCCGCCGUCCAGCAGAUUCGUGGGACAAAGAGAGUGGACUCCAAAACUGCGGAUUCCGAGGUGGACAGCGAAUUCCUCAAGAAAUUCACCAUCGACAUGACAGCCCUGGCGAGAGAAGGGAAGAUAGAUCCCGUCAUCGGCCGAGAAGAAGAGAUCAGACGGGUCAUCAGAAUAUUGAGUCGACGAACCAAAAACAACCCGGUCCUCAUCGGUGAACCUGGUGUAGGUAAAACCACAAUCGUCGAAGGUUUGGCCCGACGAAUCGUUAACGCUGAUGUUCCUGCAAACCUCGCUCAUUGCAAGCUCCUUUCUCUGGAUGUGGGUGCGCUCGUCGCUGGCACCAAGUAUCGUGGCGAGUUCGAAGAGCGCAUGAAAGGUGUCCUGAAGGAAAUUGAAGAGUCAAAGGAGACGAUCGUUCUCUUCGUCGAUGAAAUGCACCUUCUCAUGGGAGCCGGUAACAGCGGAGGAGGUGGUAUGGACGCUGCUAACCUCCUCAAACCAAUGCUUGCACGUGGGCAGCUACAUUGCAUCGGCGCGACCACCCUUGGAGAAUACAGAAAGUAUAUUGAAAAGGACCAAGCUUUCGAGCGGCGUUUCCAACAGGUUCUCGUUAAAGAGCCCUCGGUCAGCGAAACCAUCUCCAUUCUUCGAGGCUUAAAGGAGAGAUACGAGGUCCACCACGGUGUCAACAUCCUCGAUGCAGCAAUAGUCUCUGCUGCGACAUUGGCUGCCCGUUACCUCACUGCCAGGCGACUUCCAGACUCCGCCGUCGAUCUCAUCGACGAAGCAGCCGCCGCAGUUCGCGUUGCUCGAGAAUCACAGCCUGAAGCUAUUGACAAUAUGGAAAGGCGACUGCGCCAGUUGCAAAUUGAAAUCCACGCUUUGGAACGGGAAAAGGAUGCCGCCUCGAAAACACGAUUGGAGGUCGCCAAGCAAGAGGCAGCCAACGUCAACGAAGAAUUACGGCCGCUCCGUGAAAAAUAUGAGCGUGAGAAGCAACGUAGCCGCGAUAUUCAGGACGCAAAAAUGAAGCUCGAUCAGCUCAAGGUUAAAGCAGAAGAGGCCACACGAUCCGGCGACAUGCAAACGGCUUCAGACUUGGUUUAUUACGCCAUUCCAGAUGUUGAAAAGCGCAUCGAACGACUGGAAGCAGCUCGAGCCCGCCAAGACGCCGAAGCGGUUGCUCAGGCUGGGGCGGAGGGCGAGACUCUCCUCGCCGACGCAGUUGGCCCGGAGCAGAUAAACGAGAUUGUUGCUCGAUGGACGGGUAUCCCGGUUACCAGGUUGAAAACAUCGGAAAAGGACCGGCUUCUCCAUAUGGAGUCCCAUCUAGGCAAGAUCGUUAUUGGACAAAAAGAAGCUGUUCAAUCGGUCAGCAAUGCGAUUCGGCUGCAGCGUUCGGGCCUCGCGAAUCCAAAUCAACCCCCCAGCUUCCUGUUCUGCGGUCCCUCGGGAACAGGUAAAACUCUUUUGACGAAGGCCUUGGCUGAAUUCCUCUUUGAUGACCCCAAGGCCAUGAUUCGAUUCGAUAUGUCGGAGUAUCAAGAGCGUCAUUCUCUCAGCCGUAUGAUCGGGGCUCCCCCUGGAUACGUGGGCCAUGACGCUGGUGGCCAACUCACUGAAGCUCUCAGACGUCGUCCAUUCUCUAUUCUCCUUUUUGACGAAGUCGAGAAAGCUGCAAAAGAGGUCCUUACCGUGCUCUUGCAGUUGAUGGACGAUGGACGUAUCACCGAUGGCCAGGGAAGAAUCGUGGACGCCAGCAAUUGCAUUGUCGUCAUGACGUCCAAUUUGGGUGCUGAAUACCUUUCUCGACCUAACACUGCCGAUGGAGCCAUCGAUCCAACCACUAAAGAGCUUGUCAUGGGCGCUCUGCGCAACUACUUUUUACCCGAAUUCCUCAACAGAAUUUCCAGCAUUAUCAUUUUCAAUAGACUAUCCAAGCGUGAAAUUAGAAGAAUUGUGGACAUUAGACUGGGCGAGAUUCAGCGCAGGCUCGAGCAGAACGAUCGAAACGUCAAAAUCUCUUGUACAGAUGAGGUCAAAGACUAUCUUGGAAAGGCUGGCUAUUCUCCGGCGUACGGUGCCCGCCCACUGUCCAGGCUCAUUGAGAAAGAGAUUUUGAACCGACUCGCGGUGUUGAUACUCAGAGGAGCUAUCAAAGAUGAUGAAGUCGCGCGUGUGGCGAUGCAGGGAGGCCAUAUCACGGUGCUCCCGAACCACGUUGGCAGCGAAGACGAGGACGAGGAAAUGAUUGAUGAAGAUGAAGCUAUUGCAGAACUGGAAGACGACAUGGGGGAUAAAGACCUCUACGAAUAA